GUGAAUCAGUUGCUUCCAACUCGUUCGUCAGCAAGGACGUUCAUAGAACUGAAGUCGUACGGAAAGUUCUAAGUGAAGAGGAUCUUUUUGAAAGUUGCAAGGUUUAAUUUUUUUUAUAAAGAACACAAGAUUCAUUGAGAAGAAGGAUUGUGUAACGUGAUCGUUCUGUUUCCACGAUAAUCGCUUCGAUCGUUAUAUAGCAACGUGUGUGAUCAUCAUUGAGAGAUUGGAGAGAUCGAUCAGAGUGUCGUCGUCUGGAUCGGAAAUUGGAUAUCAAGUGUCAUACAGUUUUGUUAAGAGUUUCAUGGUUCAAUAAAACCAGCUGCUACAGAGGAAGCUAGUGAAGCACUACAUACGAUCGAUAUAUUUUUUGUGAUGUGUUUUAUGUGAAUGAUUUUGAGAGGAUCAAGUGUGUGAUUUCUUGUUGGGGCAAAAGGAAAAAGGAAGAUCCGCUUCCGGUGCGAAGUAUUUUUUCUCCUCUGAAGUGCAAUCAAGUGAUCAAACUGGAACCAUCCGUUUCCGAUGGUAAUUUAAGUAGAACUUUCGGCAUCAACACGGCACACCAGUCUUGCGUCACCAUGGUUCGAAGUCUGUCGCAGUGGACCAAAACGCUGAGCUUUCCGGCCCGGAUCUCGCCAAACCGAAACUCGAAAGAGUGCAACGUGAACGUACUGCCAAUUACGCCGCCACCGGCACCGCCGAGGAACAAGUCGACCACUUCGACGACCUCGUCGUCAGCAUCGUCCGCUUCGUCGUCGUCGGCGCUGUCCAAUUUGUCGGCCACCUCGUCGCCCUCCCCACCGCCGAACGUUCCGAUCACGGAAAUCAGCCAAAUUAUCUACCCGGACCCGGAGUCGGAGAAGGCCAUCAUGGGAUCGCUGGUGUUCUGUAUCCAUCACAAGCAGGGCUGCAAGUGGUCCGACGAACUGCGCAAACUCAAGGCUCACCUGAACACCUGCAAGCACGAUGCCAUCCCGUGUCCCAACAAGUGCGGCUCGCAAAUCCCGCGGGUCAUGAUGACUGAUCAUCUGGCCUUCACCUGCAUACUACGUCGUGCCAUCUGCGAGUUCUGCAACGUGGAGUUCACCGGAAUCGGCCUCGAAGAGCACGCGGGAACCUGCAGUUCCGAGCCGGUCUACUGCGAGUCCAAGUGCGGAACCCGUGUAGUGCGUGGCCGCAUGUCCAUCCAUCGUGCCAAAGAUUGUGCCAAGCGGCUGCGACGAUGUCCGCACUGCAGCCGAGAGUUCAGCGCCGAUACGCUGUCCGCUCACGGUGCCACGUGCCCACGAAGCCCAGUGCCAUGUCCCCAGCGUUGCGAUGCAGGCCCAUUCGCCCGGGCUGACCUCGAAGGUCACCUACGUGACGAAUGCAAAGCCCUAUCGGUACCGUGCACCUUCAAAGAGGCCGGCUGCCGGUUCAAGGGACCGCGUCAUCUACUGGAAGCUCACAUCGAGUCCAACACCUCCGCUCACCUGUCGCUGAUGGUUUCUCUGUCAGGUCGGCAGGGGCAGCAAAUCAACAUGCUCAAAAACGCUAUGGCCAAACUCAGUACCAACUACACCGGAACGCUACUGUGGAAAAUAACCGACUGGUCCGCUAAAAUGAUCGAAGCCAAAAGCAAGGACGGUCUCGAGCUGGUCUCGCCGCCCUUCUACACGAGUCAGUACGGUUAUAAACUACAAGCCUCCAUGUUCCUGAACGGUAACGGACCCGGUGAAGGAACGCACGUUUCCGUUUACAUCAAAGUUCUCCCCGGCGAGUAUGACGCCCUUCUGAAGUGGCCAUUCUCCCAUUCAGUGACCUUCACAUUAUUUGAGCAAGGAACCCUCGGUAGCCAAGGUGGAGUUGCGGAAUCCUUCGUUCCGGAUCCAUCGUGGGAAAACUUCCAACGCCCUUCCACCGAGCCGGACGCCCUUGGAUUCGGAUUUCCACGGUUCGUGUCCCAUGAGCUGCUCAACCGUAGGCCAUUCGUCCGGGAAGACACCGUCUUCCUGCGCGUCAAGGUAGAUCCCAGCAAAAUCGUCGCCGUGUGAAACGGCUAACGAAGAUUGAAACAAAAAAAAUAAAAGACUCCUAGUUCGUAAGCGUUAAACCCAUGAUUACCCACAACGAGAGAACAAUGAACUGCAUUUAUAAUACGAUUCGCACUCUGUAAAUAUAGUCGAGUGAAACUAACAUACUGAUUAGUGUAGCGAUUGCCAGAGGGAACCUCUCGAUCGCAUGUGUACAUAGACCACGAAUUUCGAAACCAGAGGUCGGCCCUCGAAACUCUGUAAAAGCACACCCGAGCGAUCAACGCCACAACGAAACAAAUCAGCUUGACAAUCUCAAUGUUUUAAGUUACGAUUUUGUUAAUGUAUCAUGUUUAAAGUCCUUCCCAACCGUAUCGUUCCAAGGAGUUACUCAGCUGAGGUCUCUUAUUAUGAACAAUCGAGUAUCGAUAGACGAGAAAGAAGUAAUACUACCGCUGGAAUCAUGCCAAAGUUUUGUUUGGAUGGCUUUGCGCAACCUGACCCGGGUCCAUCACCCACCACGGUUAGGCAAAGCUUACAUCAUAAUCAAAAGCUCUGUCCUCUAAUAGAACACCCUUGUCUUUCUAAUGUUUUUCUCUCUCAUCUGUUAAAAUUUUUAGUUCUAGUAAAAAUUUUCCCAGACUGUCUAAUUUCUACUUCAAAGAUGAGGGUUAUUAUUUUGUCGAUUGAACAUAGAGGUCAGAUGGAAUAACUUUUUCUUCACCUAACAUUAAGUAAGUUUUCGAGUCAUUAGAAUAUAGGGAUAAUUGUUAAAUAUCGGUUUUUUGAUUUAAACUCCCUAGUGUUGGCGAAAUCACGCGCCGUGAGCAUAGUUCUGUGGAGAUCAAAGCUAGGGAACCAUUUCAAUACAAAUGUAGUUUGCUAAGCCGUAUUUAACCAUUAAUAUUCAUAAGCGAUUACACAGUCUAGUGAUAAGGUUCGCAAUUGAACGAAUAUACAAAUCAAAAUGAAACAAGUUAAA